AGCUGGUGAGUGCAGCCUGGAGCAGGGGCCUGGCCAUGGGGCUGGGCAGGGGGUCAGGCGCCGUUACAAGGGUCCUGCUGGCAGGGUGGAGUCACAGGGCAAUAGGGGGCUGCCCGGCCCAGCGAGAGCCCCGGAAACCAGCACUGGGCCGGGUGGGGUUUCUGCACAGGCAGCAGGAGCUGGGAGCAGCCCCCCUGCCCCCCACUGUGUGGUCAGAGCAGGGUGGAAGCUGCGGCGUUAUAAAGAGCAAACCCCAAGCUGGUGCAGCGGCUGCUGUUUGUCUGUGGGGCUCUGAGCGGGGCAGGGCGGGGGCUGGCUGCACGCCCGAGAUGGGUCUGGGGGAGCUCAGCUCCAUGGGGUCACGGGGCAAGCCUGGCCCUUUGCCGCCUGGAGCCAGGCUGGGCCCGGCAUGGGGCAGCCUUGGGGCACAGGCUGUACGUGCCCCAUCCCCGCGGGGGGAGGACACGCUGCUCCUGUGGUGACCGUGUGAUGUCCCUGAAUGGGCCCAGGAAGGAGGCAGCGGCUGGGUCCGGACACCAGGCCCAGGGAAGGUGCAGCCAUUCGCGGCUGGGACUCGGCCCCGCCUGGGCUCCCGGCCCUGCUCUCCGGCCCGCUCAGAGAAGCCGCCGUGCCAGGUGCCCUCCCUCAGUGCCGCCUGUGGAUGGGACUCCUGCCAGCUGGGCUGCUUUGCUGGCAAAACCCUGGCCUGUGGCCUUGGCGAUUUGCCCGUCAUCUGCCCUGGGAUGGAGGACCCCGCCCCCCAGUUGCUGCAGGGGUCAUUGGCCCUCAGGGGAUGUCUGCAGCGCUCAUUUCUCACAACGCCAGGGCCCCUACUCCCAGCCAGCCCUGCCGCCCCCCACGGCCCCGGGUCAGCCGGACACCUCCAGCCAAAGCCCCCUGCAGCCCCGCCUGUGGGGCCAGCUCAGGGCCAGUGGACGCAGGUGCGUCCCGUGCUCAUCUUCCUGCCGUUAGCUGGGGCCAGGCCAGGGCAGAGCUUGGCCUCCAGGGAGGGCCAGGCCCCACCAAGGAAAUUGCUUCCACCAGCUCUGGGUGGCUCCUAUGGGCCCAUGCGGCCUGGGACGCUGUCAGUAGCUGGGGGCUGGGCCUAGUGCCACGUGAAAACGGCGUGUUGCACCCCUGAGCUGUGACCUCAGCCACAACUGAGCAGUGGCCUGUGGCCAGGCAGGGCUGGGGGAGCUGUGCAAGGGGUGGGUGCGGAGGGGGCCUUGUGUCCCAGUAGUGACCCCUCCUGGCUGAGGCAGGAGCUGUGGGGAGCCCCCACCCUGCCAUGGCCCAUCUGGAUGCAGCGGGGAGGCCUGGAGAGGGGGGAUAAAGGGUUUGCCCCAUGCCAUGGGACUGAGCAGCCUGUCCCCGGGGGCACCCCCUGCACUGCUCCCCAAGUGCCAUCCAGCUUGCAGCAAGGUGCCCAGGGCUGGGCACAGAUGCCAGCUUGAGGGUGACAGUGGAGAUUCUUGGCCUGAGCUGUGGCGGCCUCUCCCAGGCCACGGGGCCUGACCCACAGGCAGGUGAGGACUGACAGGGCCCCAGGGCUGAGCAGGGGCCUCCUUUGGGGCUGGAAAUGGGGAGUGGGCAGUGGUGCUGCCCCUGGCUUGGAGAAGUAAUAACCCAAAUCUGGGGUUUCCAUCACCAGUGCCCCCCAGAAAAGAUGUUCCAGCGUCCCUGGGGGGCGGACUCUCCCCCCGCGGUCUCCGCCUGCAGGGCCUGGCUCUCCGGGGGCUCGGCGGUGCACCGUGCCACGGCCACGUGCGGCCACGCCAGCGCCUCUGACGCACCAGGGACAGAUGCGGCUCCGCUGCCGGGCACCCUUUGUUGGGGCCAGGUAAUUAGCCUAAUGGGGUCCGGUCUCUCCCCCUCCCCCCCGCCGCUGACCUUCCGGCAGCUUUGUGCCGUGCGGGCUGGCGGAUUCCUUCGGAAGUUACAGGCUCAUUAGCGCCAGGCUACGCGGCCCGUCUCCAUCCCGCACGACCACCAGCCGCUCGGCUCCGGCCGCCGCAUAAUGGGGAGCCACAAAUGAGGGAACGGGCCUUGCCCGUCUCCAAGCAACGGGGAACAAUGGGCGCGUGUCUCCCGGAGCCUGGCCUGUCCUGCAGCCCCAGCCCCACUGGGAAUGAGCUUCGGGGCAGCCCGGCCCUAUAAAAGCCUGGGCUGCCAGGGAGAGCAGCUCAGGGCAUCGCUGCUCCUCACUGGGUCAUGCCAAAGCUUCGCUCAGGUCCUCGCAGACACCUCGGACCCAUGGAGGUGCCCAACGCCAAGCUCCACAGGGCCUCCUGCCUCCUGCUCCUGGCACUGCUCUGCUCCCUGGCUGCGGCCCGGCAGAGCGUGCCCACCUGCUGCCGCCAGAAGACCUGCCCCUGCCGUGUCUACGACCUGCUGCACGGCUUGGGCAACCACGCCGCCGGCAUCCUCACGCUGGGCAAGCGGCAGAGCGGCUCGCGGGCCUUCCAGAGCCAGCUCUACCGCCUGCUGCACGGCUCGGGCAAGCACGCCGCCGGCAUCCUCACCAUGGGCAAGCGGGCGGAGCCGGCGCCAGAGCAGCCAGCCUCAGCCGGCCGGGCCGUCUCCCCCAGCAUGGACGUCCUGCUGCCUCCAGCCACGUGUGCCGCCAACACUGAGCCCACCAGCACCAGGGAGUGCCGGGGCCAGCUGGACAAGGACAGCGCCACGGGCCGGAGCGGGGGGGCUGCAAGGUGCUUCUCCUGAAGGGGCCGGGGAGGGGCGGGGAGGAGCCACGGGGACUCUCAAUGACUGCGGGCACCACGGGUCGUUUACAAAUAAACCCCAGCC